AACCCAAAUCAAUAAGCCAGGUCCUCUACUGAAAAUAGAGACCUCUGUUCUUCAUAUAUAGUAUAUAAAACAGAACCAUUCAAAAACUCCAGCUUUCGUUUUUGCCUUAUCUUCAAAUAAAAGAAAAAAAAUUCCAGCUUUCGUAGAGACCCAGACCCUGACCUAGAUAUGGUAGUCCCGUUAAAAUCGAGUCGCGAUCAAACCAUCUCCUCGCUGGCGUCGCCAUUGCUGCCUCCCUCAGAAGACCCGACAUGGGAGGAGGAGGAGGAGGAGACGGUGGCACCGGGAUCUGACCCGGAAAAGCUCUGCAUAGACGAUAUGCUGCAAAAGUACUGCGGCGAAUUUGGGUCGUGGCAGCUGAGACACUUCGUCUUGACGAGCUUGGCGUGGGCGCUGGAGGCGUUCCAUACCAUGGUUAUGAUCUUCGCCGACCGGGAACCUGAUUGGCGGUGCGUGAAUAGGCCGGGUUCUGGGUGUGACCAGAGUGCAAAGACCGUGUGCGGGCUCCAACGGGGUUCAUGGGAGUGGAUUGGUGGUCCGGGUACCUCCACGGUGGCGCAGUGGGGAUUAGUCUGUGGAGAGAAAUACAAGAUUGGGCUGGUUCAGGCCUUGUUUUUUGGUGGCUGUAUGAUUGGUGCAGGGAUAUUUGGCCAUCUCUCAGACUCAAAAUUAGGAAGAAGGGGCUCUUUGAGAUUGGUUUGCAUCUUAAAUACCAUCUUUGGAUGUCUAACAGCAUUUGCCCCUGACUACUUCACUUAUCUCCUACUUCGCCUGCUGACCGGCUUCAGCACAGGCGGUGUUGGCCUUUGCGCCUUUGUACUUGCUACUGAACCUGUAGGCCCAACGAAGCGUGGUGCUGCUGGAAUGUCCACAUUCUACUUUUUCUCAACAGGAAUAGCUCUGCUUUCAGGCAUUGCUUACAUUUUUGGUUCGUGGCGUGGUCUUUACAUUGCCUCCUCCAUUCCAUCUUUCCUCUUCCUUGUUCUUGUCAUUCCUUUCAUCUCUGAAUCCCCACGAUGGUAUCUCGUUCGUGGGAAAAUGGACAGUGCCAUGAAACUCAUGCGUACCAUUGCCAAGUCCAACGGGCGCCACCUUCCCAAUGGGGUUAUUCUUGCCCUGGACGAGGAGGCAAAUAAGACUUCCGAUGGUAAUGAAACUUGCAAGGUAGAAACAGUGACAAAAGAAGCAAUAGCAGGUUCUAUCAUUGAUGUACUUCGCUCUCCAAUCACCCGAAUUCGUUUGUUUUUAGCAGCGGCAAUAAACUUCUUGUGCUCUGUUGUUUACUAUGGUCUUAGUUUGAAUGUUGUCAACCUCGAAACAAACCUCUACCUUAAUGUUCUCCUCAAUGCAGUAGCUGAAAUUCCGGCCUUCACCAUCACAGCAGUUUUGUUGGAUAAGUUUGGGAGGAAACCCUUGGCAGUUGGGACACUAUUUUUCAGUGGAAUCUUUUGUUUUGUGGGAUGCUUUGUGGGGAAUGUAGGAAUAUGGAAGGUGGUAAGGAUGAUUUGUGGGAUACUGGGGAUAUUUGGCAUGGCUGGAACAUAUAACUUGCUCUUUAUCUACACAACAGAGCUGUUUCCCACCGUGGUGAGAAACGCAGCUUUGGGAUGUGCAACUCAAGCAGCACAAAUGGGAGCAAUAUUAGCACCUUUUGUUGUGGUUAUGGGCGGUGCCCUUCCGUUUGCAGUGUUUGGGGUGUGUGGCAUUACCGGAGGGAUACUCGCAUAUUAUUUACCAGAGACAUUAAACCGGCCAUUAUAUGACACAAUGACAGGUAUGGAAGAAGGGGAGAGUGUAGGAAUUGCUGUAUUGAAGUAAUGUUGCAAACUGUCUUCCCUUUUUCCCAUUUCCUUCUCUUCAUGUUGCUGUAAGGUUUUCUUAAUUGGAGUCUCUGGCCUUCUUUUUAUAUCUUAGACUUAUCAUAAUUUUGUUCUACGAAAUAAAAGAGAUAAUGCUUG